AUUCGGUCACUCGGACCGGACAUGGCGAUGAGUUUCUUCUCGCCCACUACCACCCCUUCAUCCUCCGCAUCCCUCCUCCCCAUCCGCCGCCAGUGUGCCACCGGCCCCUCCGUGUCCUUCCCCCUCAAGCCCCACCGCUUCCGAGUUCAUCUCAAACCUCCGCGCUCCUCCCGAACCCGAAUCCACACCCUCUCCACCUCCUCCUUGAAGAUCCCCACCGAGAGCAUUCUCUCUUCCGUGGUCUCCACCUCGACGACCCUCCUUUUUGUGCUCGUCGCAGGCCUCCUCUCCCUCUCCGGCGUCCGCUCACUCCCCGCCCUCGCCUGCGCUCCGGCGCCGACCCAGCAACCGCAAGAAACCGAAGAACAAGAAUCCAAAGAGAAGAAGCAGCAAGAAGAGGCUGGUGAGAGGAAAGAGGACGUGUUGCCGCAGCUGGAUGAAGAGGACGCGGAGGAUGACGAGGUGCGGAUGUAUUCAGCGAUUCUGAGCCGCAACUCUGGCGACGUGGACGCGCUCAAGUGCGCUCUAUACGCUAAGAUGAGGCGCGCGGAUUGGGGCGGGGCGCUGCGGUUCGCGCGACUGCUGCGCGACGCCGAGCCCAGCGAGUUGGAGUGGCGCCUGAUGGUGGCGCAGCUGCACGAGCUCAAGGGGGACCUCGCCGAGGCUGAGCGUCACUUCAGGGAGCUCCUGGCAGAGGAGCCCCUCCUCGUUCGGGCUCUCCAUGGACUUGCACUGUGUAUGCAGAAGAAACCUGAGGGCCCUGCUGUUUUUGAAAUGCUUGAGAAUGCUUUGCAGCUUGCAACUUCAGAGAGAAGGGUCCCGGAGGAGCGCAACAUAAAGCUUUUGAUCGCACAAAUGCAUGUUGUCAUGGGUCAGUUAGAUGUUGCGUCUGAGAAACUACAAAAUCUUAUAAAUGAGGAUCCUCGGGAUUUUCGGUCUCAUCUUUGCCAGGGCAUUGUGUAUGCACUUUUAGACAGAAAAGAAGACGCAGAUAUGCAAUUUGAUGUAUACAGAAGCCUUGUGCCGGAUGAAUUCCCAGAUAAGAGUUUUAUCAGUGAUGUUAUACUGGCGGCUAGGACGGAGUCACAUGAUCGGCUACAAAAGGAAUUUGACUCUGAGUUUCAAGCGAAGAAAUGAUACAUUAAGUUUUGUAUAGAUGAGGCCCAAAUACUCCUGGUAGGCUAAAUGGUUGCAUGGUACCAAUCUUACAAAUAAAACAUAACACAGUAAAAGCAUAGUGAAAAGAGGCGUCUCUUAUCAGGCUAUCACCAAUUUUCCUCAUUUCCUCUCCCUGUUAGUCUCUGCAGACAUUUCUCAGUGAAAUAUAAUAUAGCGAAGACAAAAUUCUGCUUGAAGUUAAAAGCUGUAGUAUCCAACCAGAUGGAUUGAUUUGUUGAUGUUC